GGGUUCCUGUGCCAAAUACAGGAAUUCCAAAAUGGCGGCGUCAACAGUGAAGUUAGAAGGAGAUGCCUUUAUGGUUUGUUUAAUACACGCUCUCUCCACUGAACGUGAAGAGGUUAUGGGUUUAUUAAUUGGAGAGGUUGAUAAUGGUGUAACGCACAUAUAUUCAGUAAUUAUGUUACAAAGACUUGACAAAAGGAAAGACAGAGUGGAGAUUUCUCCAGAGCAGCUGUCAGACGCCUCAGAUCAAGCGGAGAGACUUGGUAAACUUACCAAGGGCAAGAGACCUAUGCGUGUUGUAGGCUGGUAUCAUUCACAUCCACAUAUCACAGUGUGGCCUUCACACRUUGACUUAAGAACACAAGCAAUGUAUCAAGUAAUGGACGAAGGCUUCAUUGGUCUAAUCUUCUCAUGCUUCAAUGAUGACACUAAAUUGAAAGGUCAAAUUAAAGUAAUAUGUUUUCAGUCUGUGGAUGUUAACAUGAAUAAUGCACCACCCCUAUACCAAAAGGAAGAAAUAGAACUUCAAAUCGUCCCUACAGCUACAAUAUCAGAAGCAAACCUUGACAGGUUAACUGAAUUACCACAUAUAUUAGCCAAGGAAGAAGAAACAGCAUAUGAAAAAGUCAUGAGGUCAACGGAUUUGAUAACCUUAAUCCACAAUGGAACAGUCUUCACCAAAGCAGUAUGCCAGUUAACUGAAGUCAUAUGUGGGCCGUUACUACAAUUACUAGAGAACCGACUAGAGCUUAACAAGAGAAGAGCUUUAGAACUGGAAGAAGAAAAGGAGAGACUUAUGCAAGAACUUAAAGAAAUAUCCCCAGAAGAUAUCAUAUAAAGACAUCAUACAAAACAUUUUAUUAUAUAUUAGAGCACAUGCAGAAAAGCCAUGAAAUAAAAACAAAGUUGAUCCUGACAAAUAGUAGCUAUUUAGUGACUACUGUAAUAGUUGCUAUCACUCAACCAGAACAUUCAUGAUACAAAGACAAAUACACAACAGACCAUUUGUGUCUUUCAUGUAAUGAAUGUUGUUUGAGUGAUAGCAACUAUUAGUCACUGAAUAAUAGUUUGUCAGUAUCAACUUUAUUUCAUGCUUUAACUGCAUGCGCUCUAGUAUAAAUUGAUGAAAUAUGCUAGAGGCAGUUUCUGUGAGGUGAAAUUUAGAAAGGAAAUAGACCUUUUAGCCUUGGACAUAGUGUUUUCUCAUUUCAGACCACGUGUCAUUCUCUUGAAAGUAAGAUUCUUAGUAUGAGUUGUAUCCAUAUUUAUGUGUCUUCUCAUGCACUUAACUGUUAUGUUACUUUAGGGAAUGACCCUGGUCUGAAAUGGAAAAACAUUACAGCCAAUAUAAAGAGGUUUUUACCUUGCAGGAAUUAUAUUGUACAUAUUGUUUUACUCCAUUAGAACUUUGUACAUAUAUGUUAGAAUUUUAAUUCUCAAUUUUUCUUAAGUCAAUGCAAAGAUAUAUGGCAACCUUUAACAACUAUUUGCUUUCAGAAAUUUUUAAUAUUUGCAGUAUUAGUGUAAUUUUACAUUGAAAUAAAACUCAAUUUUCUAAUUUU